AUGGUAUCAAAGUACUUCAUUGUACCUGAAGAAAUCCUUGCACGUGGUCCCUUGACAUUACAUGCUUACAACAAGGCUCUCAUGGAGGGAAAAACAAAAGUAAGAAGGUUGCCAAUCAUGUUAAUUGGACAGGAUCGAGCUGGAAAAACAAGUUUGAAAAAGUCACUCAAGGGAGAGAGGUUUAAUGCCAAUGAAAAGAGUACGUCAGGAAUAGAGGUGGAUCCCUCUCAUUGUGAAGUAACCACCGAGGUAUGGAAGCUACAAAACCUCGAUCAAAAUUGUUGUUAUACUCCCGCUACUUCAUUUGAACAUCAAGCAGCACGACUUGUUGUAAAUGAAUUGAUUGAUACAAACGAGAUUUGUGGUGGUACAAAUGGGCCACCAACUGACACUACACGGAAUUCUCAGGCCAAAUACUAUCCCUCGGUGACCUGCGACAGCCUUCAAUCAACGCACGAGAUUAGCUACUCAAAUGACUCAGCCCAAGUGCAAGAGCAGGCCUUGACUGAACCUGGCAUUUCUGAAGAAUUAGUGGACUUAAUUAGAAGUCAAUUGUUCGAAGAUGUUAAGUCAGACGGCGAGGAAGAGAUUUAUUCAACUCUGUGGGAUUUUGGUGGGCAGCUGGUUUACUAUGUCACACACCCUCUCUUUUUGACAAAGCGAGCUAUCUACAUUUUAGCCUAUGACCUCAGCAGGAAUCCCAGUGAUCUAGCUGGUCCAUCCGAGAGACAAGGAUUGUUUGGGAAAGUAGAAGACAGGUUUUGUUUGGAGACCAACUUUGACUACCUGGACUCUUGGAUGUCAUCUGUGGCUUCCUCAGUCGAUAAUUUUAACGGUCAUCAUUCAAAUAUCAGGCUAUCUGACAACCUUCCAGGAAUGCUUCCCCCGGUUUUCCUGGUUUGUACUCAUGCUGAUCAAGCAUAUGGUGAUCAGGAUCCUGCCUCGCUGGCGGCCAGUAUCUUUGGAUCUCUUCAAGGCAAACUGUACAGUUCCCACUUGUUUAAAAGUGUCUUUGCUGUAGAUAACACAAAGGCGGGCUCCGCGCACGAGUGUCCAGAGGUCAAACGUUUAAGACGAGAAAUCCUCUCCGUUGCUGAGGAGCUACCGCAUGCCAAGGAGGACAUUCCAUUAAAGUGGCUAAUGUUUGAAAAAGAACUACGCCUAAGGAUCAAUGAGGGCAUUAAAUGGAUUGCUUUUGAAGACGCAAGGCAAAUUGCAUUUGAAAAGUGCCAUAUUUCUGACGAACUAGAAUUUACGACGUUGUUAAACUUUUUACACGACCAGCGUAUUGUGAUUCAUUUUUGUGACACACCGAGUCUAAACAAGAUGAUUGUUUUAGACAUGCAGUGGCUUAUCGAUGUUUUCAAGAAGGUGAUCACUGUUGAGCCGUAUGGUGUGGAAGGAAGUCAUUACAGAGACCUUUGGCUCAAACUUGAGAAAACUGGUAGUCUAGAUGAAGAACUGCUUGCGCACGUGUGGGGCGCUUUGUAUCAGCAGAGGGAAGUCUUCGAAAGUCUUAUUCAAAUCAUGGAGAAGUUCAGCCUAAUGUGCCAAUGGCCAUCGUCAAAUGACAGGAAGCAGUACCUUGUGCCGUCCAUGCUUAUGUCUUACCCGUCCGAAGACGUGGUUGGUCUUGUUGCAACUUCUCGACUUCCGUCUCUGUACAUCUCGUUCCACUCCCGUCAGGUUCCCACCAGCUUGUUUCCGCGAAUGGUUCUACAGUUUUACCAAUGGUGUUCUGAAGAAUGGCCAAAUUCAUGCCAACCACAACUAUACCGCAAUUUUGCGAGGUUCCUUGUCCUACCUAAGGAAGGUUGUUCUAUCAUUCUCGUUUGCCACUCUUCCUUCAUCGAAGUCGUUCCUCACUGGGCAUCAGGAGUUUGUAGUACCUCCAACGGUUCAAAAGGGAACGUCGAUUUGCCUGCUGUUGUGUCUGAUCAACCCCCUGAUGUUCACGUCGCACGGGCCGUCAGAAGGCAAUUGGGUUUGAUGCAGGAAUGUAUGCGCAAGGAGUUCCCUUGGUUGAAAAACAUGGGAUGGCAGCUGAAAGUGCUCUGUUCGGUGUGUUGCCGGGGGAAUUCCGUUGAUUUUUGUCGCGACCAUGGAGUGAAAAAUUGUAGGCAAGAGCAUUGCCUGCACUUCUGGUCAGAAGCCGAUUUUCCUCGAGACCAACAGUUCGUUGUUUGUGAGAGGUCUGCAUGUGCUGCCGAUCCCAGAUUGGACAUCAGGAAGUUUGCACCGUGGUACACCUUUCUGGAUGAGCAAAAAGCGCAAGUUCAUCAUAACGACUAUUUUUCAAGAAAACUUUGUUCUGUGGAGGAGAAGAAAGCAAACGAACUUGUUCUCUCGAGUGGUGCUGUUGAGUCCCUUCAGUCGAGGACUGAUGCUUUAAGUGUUGUCGUUCCAAUUCUGGACAAGCUGCAGUUAAGCCAAGAGGCUUUGACAAAUCCCGUACCUGAAACCACCGGAGUAGUCCGUUGCCUUGCCAGAAUAGCUAAGAGAGAAAAUCGCACCGACGUAGUGAAGCAUUUGAGGCAAAUAACUUCAGCGGGAACUGCAGGUCCACUUUUGCCCGAAGAACUCGGUCUUCAAGAAAUUCCUCAGUCACAGAUUGUGGAACUUACGAUGAGCUUGAGUGGUGGGGAAGAGUGGAAGCUGCUUGCAGAGAAACUGGGUCUGAAAGACACCGAGAUCCGUUACCUUGACAAGAGAACCAUGAAUCCAUGUCUUGAGGCUCUAGUGCACAGCCAUCGGCAGCGUUUUAUUGACGUGGGUAGGCUUUACGAUACCUUGAUCGAAUGUGAACAGCCCAUUAUAGCUGACUUGUUAUAAGAAACGAGCUAUAGACCAUUUCCUUUUUCGUAACAGUUCUAAAGUUAAUUAGCAACAGACGUAUUUGUGAGGGAGCAUUGGAUUCUAGGGCCGGUUGAACUACUGUUUGCAAUUUAACUCCAUUUUGGCGAAAAAAACCGCCGCUUCUUUUUUACCUUUUUUUUGGCUUUGUUUGACGAUCUAUUCCUCCCGUCUAACGUUUUCCCUCGCCUCUUAUGUCUGCGCAUCGGUCUCGAACAAUUAAGUAUUUUAAGACAAAACCAUAUUUAUUAGUAAGACUGUAGUGACGAUGCCACUGAAUCAUAAACUGCUAUUCGGCUUUCAAAGUACGCUAUCAGUUUUUCUUUUUCUGGGUACCAAUCAUUUUGAGAUGCCUGACAUUGCUUUUUAAUGCUGGAGUUGUAUAAGCCAUUCCUGCUCAGAUGCAAGAGCGUAAGUCCUAGGAGAGUUCUAGCGAGGUCUAAUGUUGGCAACAGAAAUGCCGUGAAAAAAAAAAGUGAGUGGCAUGAGACUAAAUCGAAGGGCCAUGCCUUCAAGAAUAGUUUGCGUUCCUGAUUGACUGGCGGCUUUCAGACGAACUUAGCAAGCGUCAAUAUCUCUUCAUUAAAAAGGUUUAUAUCUUCAAAAUUUUGAACGAAAAAAAAAACUACGUUUAUUAACCGUAGGGAUAUAUUUACUUAAGUAAGGUUUAUUUCCAUAGUUUCCAUAAGAAAACGCCAUAACGUGUAGGGUCAGUUGAGGUACCUAUUUUCUCCCAAGAGUAUAAAUGGGACCAUCGAACUGUUGGGGAAUUCCGACGAAAAUGGCGUAGUCGGGGGUAUAGGGGUAUGGGUAUAGCAACGAUUUUAAUCCCUUAGUUUUUUUCCAAAUGGUGUAAAUUCCUGCAGUUUGUAGAUAAGUAGAAAAAAGGGGCUUUAUUGGCUCACGAUCAACUUGCAACUUAAAAGGCUAUAGCUUUUUGCUAGGAAUUCAUUUUGUAAACUUUAUUAGACUGAAUUCCUGAGAGGGAAAAUACUUCUUGACUGAAGAAAGAGACCUAACGGCUUGCUCUCUUCUUGUUUUCAAGAUUCUUUUAUUAAAGAAGUCUGAAUUUCUUUUUCUGAUUCUUUUGAAAUUAAAGUAGCUCCAGCAGUUAACGGAAGCUUAAUUAGUUUAUGUUAUUAGCUUUUGUAUAAAGUUUCACUUCCACAUGAGAGGUGGAUUGUUUAUCUUUUCAAUGCUGACCUCAAAUAGCUUUCAGAAGGUAAUAAAAGAGUUCUCACGAGGGUGCGCAGACGCUUAAUAGAGCUUUCAUCAAAUAGCUUCGUUAGACGACGUCUUCAGCCCUCACGUGUGACGUAGGUAGUCUGUUCUGCUAUAUAUUCAAAUGUUAACAAAGAAAAAAAAAUAGAGAGCUAUUUUUCUAUAAAUAAUUACUUAUUUCUGGUCACCAAGUGAUCUCAAGGCAAUUUCCGACUAUCUGAAAUUUUUUUAUCAUGUAGUGGUGUACAAUCAAAUUAGGAAUAAAUAGAUACCCAAGAUGUUAUUCAUUACCACGCUGGUUGAAUGAGCUUUUAUUUUUUAAAAAAUAACCACUCAAGAACUGAUUCAUUUGCAUUAAUCAUCCUAACCGUUUUGGUAAAAUACUUUUUAUAAUGCUGCAUUUACUCUCGUUAAUAAAUUUGUGUUUUGC